AUGUUAUCACCAACAAGUGGAAAAAUAAAAGAUGAAAAGAAAGUAGAUAAUAAUUUGGGAAAUAUUUCUAUGGACACACCUAUGGAUUCGGCCAUUCUUCCUUCAUCAUCUAAUGUUGAUUCGGAAAGGAGAGUAUUUUCAACACCUCCUCCUCAUCCAGUUGCUGCCCAACAUUAUUAUAGAAAAUUAUUUUCCGAUCAACAGGAACCAAUAAGAAACGAAGAACAAUUGAAUGAUAAUAGUCAUCCUAAUAAUAACAAUUUUAAAAGCAAUAAUGCAAUUUAUCCGUCAUCAUUAUCUGGAGCUGCUGGAUUUAUUACACCAUAUGCUCAACCAAUUUAUACGAUGAUGGCACCACAAGCAUUCCAACCAUAUCCAGCCUCUUAUCAACCUACUACUUCUGUUCAACCCACUAUUUCUUCAAUAGUUACAGAUUCUUUGCUAUCCUUGAUUAAAUACUUGAUUUUCUUCCUUCUCUCAUUGGGUAUUUUCAAGGUAGGAAAGAGAUGGAUUCUUUCUCUUUUGAAAAACUAUAGAAUUAUUGAGAGAGUACCCUCAAGAAAGGAAUCAGAGCUUGUGGUAAAACCAGAAAUUAAACUAGAAAAAAGAGAAGAGGAAGAAUAUUCAAAUAUUAACGAAUCAGAACCAAGAGAACAACAGCAACAACAAAGGGAGAAUGUAAAACCAACAAGUGGAGAAUCUACAAAUCCUAGUUUGGAUUUUAAUAGUAUGAUGUUUUUACAAAGAGAAAUAUUUGAUUUAAAAUUAUCUUUAAAUGAAAUGAAAACUAAAAUGGGAGAAAUGAAUAAUCAGGCCAUUUCCAAUACGUUAUUAAAACAAAUGGAAUUGCAACAGGAACAACAAAAGAUGAUCCUCUCCCAAACACUCUCCAAAAAUGACAAAUCAACCUCUUCUGAUGAGCUUCACCGUGAACUUAAUAAUUUGAGAAAUGAUUUAUCUCAAAUGAAAGGAAUGAUGAUGGUCAAUCAUCAACCUUACACUGUAGCUCCACCAAUUAUUCACAGAGAGCCAGUCCAAUACUAUCCAAAAUAUAGUACUCAAUCAGUUUCCCCAGCUACCAGCUCUAGCUCCAACGAGAACAAGCUUAUUGAACACAAUUUGACAAGUAGUAUCAAGACAAGCUCACCACCUACUAGAAAAGAAGGAAAAGCCCCUUCACCUGUAAAUUACCUUAAUUCUUACAGCACAACUGACCCAACAAAUUAUGAAUCAGGUAUUUCCAAACGUUCUCAACCUUCUAUUGAGAUGCCACAGCAACCUACAGAAGAAAAAACCAACUCAGCUCAAGAAGCAACACAAGAACAUGUUGAAUCAAAAACAACACCGACCAAUGAGGAAAAGACUGAUGAAUCACAAUUUGAAUAUGGGCAAAAAUUCGAACCAAUCACAGAGGAAGAAUAUGAUCAAGUUUAUGGUGAAUAUCUGAAUUCUCUAGGUAAACGAUUCGAAGAUCAAGUAAAUUUCCAUACACACGCCGAACCUACACCCUCUGAAACUAAAACUGAGAAUGCUACUGUUGAGGAAACCAUCCCAGUUCAAGAAAGCAACCCUGUAGCUCAAAAUAAUGAGAACAAUUCACUUGAAACUGAAACUCCAAUGACAAGUAAUAUCACCACAAGCAAACCAUUCGAUGAGGUUGACGUAUUCAAUAUUUUGAAAACACCAACACUAUCAUUCGAUGAAUUAUUUGUCAAGGCCUCUCCAAAGCAACCUGAAGCAUCCUCUGUUUUCAAUGAUGUAACUUCUCCAUCAGUAUCUAUUGAGAAUAAUAAUGCUGUUACUGAAAGCUCACCAUCAUUUGUAACACCUCAGGCUAGUUCUUCAAUUCAGGAGGCUGCCAGAGAGUUGAGAAAAACUCAACUCACUGCCAAACAAAAGAAAUCCAAGAUAUUUGGUGUAUUGUUAGCCCCUGAAAAGAAGACAAAGAAAAAAAGACCAGCCAAAACAACUACACCUGAAACCCAAGAAGCGCCAAAGGAGUCAACUCCAAACACAAUUUCUAUUGAAACUAGCAUAUUGUCAGAGAGUGAAAAAUCAAUUGAAAAUUCACCUGAAGCGGUACUACCAGUCAACAAUUUCGCUCCAGAAAUUCCAAUCAGCAUGAACACUCUCUCCAAUCCAAUUAUUGAUCCUCCUUCAACAGAAUCUUUUGAAAAGUUUGAAACGUAUAAUUUUGAAAAUGAUGAAAGGUUCCAAAGAAUGUUAAGUCUCACAGCUGACGACGAAGAUUGCCCAAUCAAUAAGGAUGAUCCAAACUUUUUAUUAAUGCAAAAAGGAAUAUAUUUUAAACAAUUGUUAGGAAAUGAUGACUUUGAUUUAGAGGCCUACAUGAAGGUAAAAGGAAUUGAAACCAAUCAACAGAAUAAUUGA